GGGGGGAUUUCACAGGUGGGACUGGCAAGUUAGCCCAUAGCUAGCAUUAUGCCUUCUAUUUCUAGAUCUUCUGACUAAGUUUACUGGUACUUAUGUGAACGACAUAAUUGCUGACACUAGAUAUAAAGAAAACGUUGACUUUCACUCGGUGCUAUUCACUGACAGUAAAAAUAAAUAAAAGUGUUGUUAUUGUAUGCACUGGUGUUCAUUGACUAGCUACAGCACUCGUUGCUAAAUUAUAGCAACUCUCAAAUCAUUCUCCUCUGACCAUGCAUUUAUUCAUCAAUACCUCAUUCGCCCUCUCACGUCUGACCGGUUUGAAAUUACGGCUGUGGGCCAUCGUACAUGUAACUUGUGGUUUUUGCCACCUCUUAGAUGCCAAAGUUCAUCAAGGGUAGAUUUCUAAUAACUAUGAGGUCAAAAAUUCAGCUUCAGGUGGCAAAAAUAAGGCUCAUGAAACGCUCUGUCAUAGCAGACAAUAUUAUGUGUGUCUCUUGUUUACUUUGUUGGUACAUUGGAAGUUGGGUGCAGCAGUCAAAUCACAGACCUCUGCCAUUAUCAAGCUGUUAAACAGUAACUAUAAUGCUUCUAGCACAAGCUUCACCUUCCCGGCGCGUAGAUGGUUUCCCCUGCUUUAGUUUUGUCAGGCGGUGUGAACGGUGUGAAUUUGCGCAACGGUGUGGAUUUUGAUUUUAUCGUGAGGACGGGUAGACAGUGUUGUGUGUAACGCGUUACAAAGACCUGAUGGUGGGCGACGAGGCCAGCGAGCUGCGCUCCAUGCUGGAGGUCAACUAUCCCAUGGAGAACGGCAUCGUCAGGAACUGGGAUGACAUGAAGCACCUUUGGGACUACACCUUCGGGCCCGAGAAGCUCAACAUUGACUCGCGCAACUGCAAGAUUCUACUUACUGAGCCGCCCAUGAACCCCACCAAGAACCGUGAGAAGAUCAUCGAGGUGAUGUUUGAGACGUACCAGUUUGCCGGGGUGUACAUCGCCAUCCAGGCUGUUCUUACGCUCUACGCCCAAGGCCUGCUGACCGGCGUGGUGGUGGACUCUGGUGACGGUGUCACCCACAUCUGUCCUGUGUACGAGGGCUUCUCGCUGCCACAUCUGACCCGCCGGCUGGACAUCGCCGGAAGGGACAUCACACGCUACCUCAUCAAGCUGCUGCUGCUGAGGGGUUACGCCUUCAACCACUCGGCAGACUUUGAGACUGUGAGGAUGAUGAAGGAGAAGCUGUGCUACGUGGGCUAUAACAUCGAGCAGGAGCAGAAGCUGGCCCUGGAGACCACCGUGCUGGUGGAGUCCUACACGCUCCCGGACGGCCGGCUGAUCAAGGUGGGCGGGGAGCGCUUUGAGGCGCCCGAGGCCCUAUUCCAGCCCCACCUCAUCAACGUGGAGGGGGUGGGCGUGGCCGAGCUGCUCUUCAACACCAUCCAGGCUGCGGACAUCGACACCAGGUCAGAGUUCUACAAGCACAUCGUGCUGUCUGGGGGCUCCACCAUGUACCCCGGCUUGCCGUCCCGUCUGGAGCGGGAGCUCAAGCAGCUGUACCUUGAACGUGUGCUGAAGGGAGACGUGGACAAGCUGUCGAAAUUCAAGAUCCGCAUCGAGGACCCGCCACGCCGUAAGCACAUGGUGUUCCUGGGCGGGGCAGUGCUGGCCGACAUCAUGAAGGACAAGGACAACUUCUGGCUCACACGCGAGGAGUACCAGGAGAAGGGCAUGCGUGUUCUGGAGAAGCUGGGAGUGACCGUCAGAUAAAGUCUCCUCCCUCCCUCUCCCCCUCCCCCUGUCCCAGAGAGAUCCCCCUUCCCCUUCCU